AAUGCGCGCAGGCGCCGCAACAGGUGCGAUAGCUGCUCGGCAGCUUGGCCGUCCACCUCUCAAUUUCACCGCGCUGGGCAGGCAUGCCGCGCUUGGCAGCAGCCUGCCCUUACGACAGCAGCACCGUGUUUCGCAGCGUCCGGUCAGUCGGAGAAGCAGCCUGCAGUGCACCGCCUGGGCGGCGCUAGCAGCCGCCUCCUUUGACGGCGCGGGCAGCAGCGGCGUUAGCGUUGGCGUCGAGGCGGCACCGCCGCCGCGGUCACAACAGCAUGGCUUCGCCGCCUUUUUGGCGGGCAUCCGGGCGGUCUUGUUCUACUCCACGACCUUGAUCUUCGCCGCUCCCCUGUUUUGUGUCAUGCUGGCGGUGUACCCGUUUGUGCUCCAAUUUGACAAGUACAGGCGGCGGGCGGAGCAUGCCAUCAAUACGGUGUGGGCUAAGCUUACGACCAUGCUGUACUACCCGGUGCAAAUCGAGGGGCUAGAGAACCUGCCACCCAUCAAUCAGCCCGCGGUGUACGUUUCCAACCAUCAGAGCUUCCUGGACAUUUACACGCUCUUCCACCUGCACCGCGACUUCAAAUUUAUCUCCAAAACCUCCAACUUCCUCAUCCCCAUCAUCGGAUGGAGCAUGUUCCUUACGGGGCAUGUGAUGAUCAACCGCGUGGACCGCCGCAGCCAGUUGGAGUGCCUGAAGCAGUGCGGCGAGCUGCUGAAGCAGGGCGCCUCGGUGCUGUUCUUCCCCGAAGGCACACGCAGCAAGGACGGCCGAUUGCAUGCCUUCAAGAAGGGGGCCUUCUCUGUGGCUGCCAAGGCCAAGGUGCCCGUGGUGCCCAUCACGCUGAUCGGCACUGGAGACUUGAUGCCCAAUGCGCGCGAGUACCUGCUGUUCCCGGGCAAAGUCAGGGUGGUGAUCCACCCAGCCGUGGCGCCCAAGGAUGCUGACAGCAUGGCCGCUGAGUCGUAUGCAGCCAUUGCCAGCUCGCUGCCGCCAGAGCUUGUAGCACCGCUGUACGAGGAGUGAAAGAGCAAGCUUGACCGGUACUGCUUUUGAAAUGCAAACAUGAGUGGGUGGCUGAUGCUUAAUUCGGCAAGCACUAUUGUACACCCAACACCUUGUCUGGCUAAAACAAGCAAAGAAUUC